AUGUCAAAUAGUAACGGUGAUAAUAAGUAUGGUGUCAUUACAAUUGGUGAUGAGAAAAAGUUCCAAGCUACCAUUGCGCCACUUGGUGCAACUUUGGUAGACCUGAAGGUAAACGGCCAAUCAGUCGUUCAAGGUUAUUCAAACGUACAAGACUAUUUAACAGAUGGUAACAUGAUGGGCGCUACAGUUGGUCGUUAUGCCAACCGUAUCGCCAAGGGUGUUUUCAGCCUGGAUGAUGGUCCUCACAAGUUAACUGUUAACAAUUGUGGUAACACAAAUCACAGCAGUAUCAGUUCCUUAAAUCUUAAGCAGUACAAGGCGUCCCCUGUUGAGAAUCCUUCCAAGGGCGUUUACGUUGUUGAAUUUAAAUUGUUGGAUGAUCACACACAGCCCAACCCUAACGAGUUUCCAGGUGACUUGGAAGUCACAGUGAAGUACACUUUGAAUGUUGCAGAAAUGACUUUAGACAUGGAAUACCAAGCACAGUUAGUUCGUGGUGAUGCUACUCCAAUUAAUAUGACCAACCACUCGUAUUUUAACUUGAACAAAGUCAAGAGUGAGAAGUCCAUUCGUGGUACAGAAGUUAAGGUCUGCUCGAACAAAUCGCUUGAAGUUACAGAGGGGGCAUUGCUUCCAACUGGUAAGAUCAUUGAAAGGAACAUUGCUACUUUUGAUUCAACUAAGCCCACCGUUUUGCAUGAAGAUACUCCGGUCUUUGAUUGCACUUUCAUUAUUGACGCUAACAAGGAUUUGAAGACUACAGAUUCUGUGAGUGUCAACAAAUUGGUUCCUGUUUUUAAGGCCUAUCAUCCCGAAUCUCACAUCAAAUUUGAGGUUUCGACGACAGAACCAACCGUUCAUUUGUACACCGGUGAUAAUUUAUGUGGCAAAUUUGUGCCAAGGUCUGGAUUUGCCGUUCAGCAAGGUAGAUACGUUGAUGCUAUCAACCGUGAUGAGUGGAGAGGUUGUGUUCUUCUGAAGCGCGGCGAGGUAUACACUUCAAAGACUCAGUACAAAUUCGAUAUUUAG